AUGCGCAGUGCGCUGGCGGCCGGGCGCGCUUGCGCAGUCACCUGCCGCUGGCCGCCCCCCCCCCCGGUACAUCCGGGUCAGCGCACGCCCGCCCGCACGGCCGGUGCCCGCGGUGCUGUGCGGCCGCUCCCCCCCUCCCCCGCUCCCCCCUCCCCGCGCGCGCUCCCGCCGCCCGCGCGCGCUCCCGGCGCGCUCCCGCCACCCGCGCGCGCCGCUCCGUCGCUGCUCCGGCCGAGCGGGGGAGGCGGCGGCUCCGGCUCCGCCCGCAUCGCGGGGCGGCUCGAUUGUGAGGACGAGCUGCUGCAUCAAUAAUCUGAAGGAGAGUUCUCUGUUAAGACUACAAGAAGAUACUACUAACUGACUGGAGGCCAAGAACAGAGUUCAGCACUGGCUGUAGAUGCCCAACCUACAGAAUCUGAAAAGGAAAUUUAUAAUCAGGUGAAUGUAGUGUUAAAGGAUGCAGAAGGAAUACUGGAAGACUUGCAGUCAUAUAGAGGAGCUGGCCAUGAAAUACGAGAGGCAAUACAGCAUCCAAAUGAUGAGAAGCUGCAAGAGAAGGCAUGGGGUGCAGUUGUUCCACUAGUAGGCAAACUAAAGAAAUUCUAUGAAUUUUCUCAAAGACUAGAGGCCGGGCUGCGGGGCCUGCUGGGCGCCCUGACCAGCACUCCGUACUCCCCAACGCAGCACCUGGAGCGAGAGCAGGCUCUUGCCAAGCAGUUUGCAGAAAUUCUUCACUUCACACUCCGAUUUGAUGAGCUCAAGAUGACAAAUCCUGCUAUACAGAAUGACUUCAGCUACUAUAGAAGAACUCUGAGCCGUAUGAGGAUUAACAAUGUCCCAGCAGAGGGAGAAAAUGAAGUAAAUAAUGAGUUGGCAAACAGAAUGUCUUUAUUUUAUGCUGAAGCAACGCCAAUGUUGAAAACCUUAAGUGAUGCCACAACAAAGUUUGUGUCAGAGAAUAAAAAUUUACCGAUAGAGAACACAACAGAUUGCUUAAGCACCAUGGCCAGUGUGUGCAGGGUCAUGCUGGAAACCCCUGAAUAUAGAAGCAGGUUUACAAAUGAGGAAACAGUAUCAUUCUGUCUGAGGGUAAUGGUGGGUGUCAUCAUACUCUAUGACCACGUGCAUCCGGUGGGCGCUUUUGCCAAAACUUCAAAAAUUGAUAUGAAAGGAUGCAUCAAAGUUCUUAAAGACCAGCCUCCUAACAGUGUAGAAGGCCUUCUAAAUGCUCUCAGGUACACAACAAAGCAUUUGAAUGAUGAGACUACCUCCAAGCAAAUUAAAUCCAUGUUGCAAUAACAAUUACCUGGAAUUCGCACCUGCUGUAGACAGUAUUCUGCAAUGACUGAGAUGCACAGAUUUUUUUUUUUUAGUGAUUGCAACUACUAUCUCGUUCAUUCUCGCUUUUUAUUUUCUCUCUUCCUGUUUACUCUUUUUUUUAAUCACUUCCUUGUACCUAAGUAAGCUCAGACUUCUUUUCUGUGCCAAAUCAAUGAAAUUAUCAAUUCUGGAAAGUAUUUCUACUUUUCAGAAUAGCCAUCCUAAGUGGCAGCUAAUUAUGCGUUGCAUUUGGAUUUCUCUGUACUGGGGAAAGAUUUGUGACUUGAACUAAAUAUUUUUAAACUUGUGGUUUUUUUCUUUUUUUGAAAAACUAAUAUUUAAUAUUGCUUCUUCUGCAUGGCAAGACUGCCUACUUCUGCUAUUUAAAAAUCCCUUGAUGACUUCAUUUUCUAUUGCAGCUUAUUUUCAUGUGCAACCAUGAGGAAACUAAAAGCAGAUUUGUUUAAAUUAACUGUGUUUGUACAAAAUGGUACCCAACACAAAAGUUUUUUUAAAUGAGUAAAAACUGUUUUGUUUAAAAGUUACGUUUGCAUUUUGACUCAUUUUUGUAAGGAUGUAUGUUGUAUGUUUAACCUUUAAUAACUAACGUUAAACUGUGGUGUGUGCGUAGCAAAAUUACGUAUGCAUGUUCAUGUCAAAUGAUUGGCUGUGGAUAAGAUAAUAAAAUCAGCUUUCAUUUUUCUAAGUGUGGUUUGAUUUACCAGUAUUUUGAGUGAGAUGUCUUCGUGCUCUUUGGAUUUUUACAAAAAAAUAAAUUUAUAAAUUUUA